GGCAGGGCUGGGCGGCCGUGGGGACGGGCCGGGUCGGGGGUGGAAGCGGAGCUGCUGCCGGUGUUGCCGCCGCCGCUGCCGCCAUGGCGCUGGUGAACGCGGACCUGCGGAGGGAGCGCGCCGCCGCCACCUUCCAGACCGAGCUCCUCACCCACAUCCUGGACGGCGGCGCCGAGCGCACUCGCCGCCGCAAGGAGAUCGAGGCCUUAGUUCUUAAUGACCCUGACUUCCAGCAUGAGGAUCUGAACUUCCUGUCCCGUAGUGAACGCUAUGAGCAAGCCAUCAGGAAGAGCUCUCUGAUGGUGAUGAAGUUAAGGGAAUAUGGAAUUGCAGAUCCAGAGGAGAUCUACUGGUUUAAAAGAACAUGCUUGGGCAAUUUUGUUGAACCUCUCACUCUACACUUCAGCAUGUUUACCAAAACCUUAGAGACCCAAACGACUGAUGCUCAGAAGGAGAAAUGGCUGCCCCUGCUCCGUGAAGUCAAGAUAAUUGGCACCUACGCCCAAACCGAAUUGGGACAUGGAACUCAUCUUCGGGGUCUAGAAACCACAGCUACUUAUGACCCUGCUACCCAGGAGUUCAUCCUCAACAGCCCCACUGUGACCUCCAUUAAGUGGUGGCCAGGUGGACUUGGAAAAACAUCAAACCAUGCCAUUGUCCUGGCUCAGCUCUACACCCAAGGGCAAUGCAAGGGCCUGCAUGCCUUCAUUGUACCCAUACGGCAGCUGGGCACCCAUGAACCUUUGCCAGGUAUCACAGUGGGUGACAUUGGGCCAAAAUUUGGUUUUGAUGAAAUAGAUAAUGGCUACCUGAAAAUGGACAACUACAGAAUCCCUCGGGAAAACAUGCUGAUGAAAUAUGCCCAGGUUGAACCAGAUGGCACCUAUGUGAAACCAGUCAGUGACAAGCUGACCUAUGGGACCAUGGUGUUCAUCCGAUCCCUCAUCGUGGGCGACUCAGCUCGCUUCCUGUCCAGGGCUUGUACCAUUGCCAUCCGCUACAGCGCGGUGAGACACCAGUCAGAGCUAAAGUCAGGGGAACCAGAACCCCAGAUCUUGGAUUAUCAGACCCAGCAAUACAAACUCUUUCCUCUCCUGGCCACAGCCUAUGCUUUUCACUUUGUGGGAGCCUACAUAAAAAACACCUACCAACGUAUCAGUGGAGACAUCAGCGAUGGGGAUCUGAGUGAGCUGCCAGAGCUCCAUGCACUGACAGCAGGGCUGAAGGCAUUCACUUCCUGGACUGCCAACGCUGGGAUUGAGGAGUGCCGGAUGGCAUGCGGUGGGCAUGGCUACUCUCGCUGCAGUGGCAUCCCUGACAUCUAUGUCACCUUCACCCCAUCCUGCACCUACGAGGGAGAAAACACAGUCAUGAUGCUGCAGACAGCAAGGUUCCUUGUCAAAAGCUACACCCAGGUUACUUCUGGGCAGCAGGUCACUGGCAUGGUGUCCUACCUUAAUGACCUCUCCAGGCAACGCAUUCAGCCGCAGCAUGUGGCUGCUAGGACGGUGACUGUGCGGAUCAACGAUCCAGCCAGCUUGGUAGAGGCCUACAAAGCACGUGCUGCCCGUCUUGUAGAAGCUGCAGCAAAGAAUUUGCAAGCUGAACUGAACCACAGAAAGAGCAAGGAGGAAGCCUGGAACAGAACUUCUGUUGACCUGGUGCGAGCAUCUGAGGCACACUGUCACUACGUGGUAGUGAAGCUUUUCACAGCAAAGCUGUCUGAGGUCAGCAAUGCAGCUGUCCGUGCUGUCCUGACUGAGCUGUGCCUCCUGUACGUGCUGUAUGGCAUCAGUAAGAACACGGGGGACUUCCUGCAGGUGGGUAUUCUGACUGAUGCCCAGAUUACUCAAGUGAACCAGCGUGUCAAGGAGCUCUUGGCCAUAAUCCGUCCCAACGCAGUGGCACUUGUAGACUCCUUUGACUUCCAUGAUGUUCACCUGGGGUCUGUGCUUGGCCGCUACGAUGGCAACGUCUACGAGAACAUGUUUGAGUGGGCAAAGAAAUCCCCACUCAACAAGACAGAGGUCCACCAAUCUUUCCACAAACACCUGAAGCCAGUGCAAUCCAAGCUGUGAAAUCUGCUGGGUUUUGGUGGUUUUCUUCCCCCCCCACCCCUCUUCAAACUGCACAUUUUUUUCCUGACAGGAAUACUUAGGUGUUUGUGUCCUACCUUCAAGCACCUAAAUCAAACCUUUUCAAAUCCUGGUAGUUAUAGGACAGUGAAUAAAUUGUAGCCUUUCUUUCCACUUUUGAGAAUCAAGAAGGUGUUUGGGGAGAGAGUGUAGGAAUGGAUGCCUGCUUUUAAAGUGCAAUUAUAAUGGGAAAGAUUUAACCUUCUAAGAAUCUGGGAAAGCUUUAUGGAUCCAUAUAAAGAUUGCUUUUGUGAAGCUGCUAACUAGAGAGGAGUUACUGAUGACUGGAAGUGUAGCAGGAUUUUUUUUACUACUACAAAGUAGUUCACAGCCCUCAGGUGAUAUCUUCUAACAAGCAGUUAUGUCCUCCCCCCAAAAAAAAAGAAGCAUCAAUAUCAUGGCUUGAGUUUUGACUUUUAAGCUGAGCACUUCUUGCUUGGCCCAAUAUUUGUGUUGUCUAAAGCCUCCUGCACAUGAAACUGCAUGUGGCACCACUUCCCUGCUGCAGCUGGGAAGUCAAUACUCGUCCUUUCUUGGAGCUCUGCUUCCUUCACCUUUCCAGAAGCCAUCUUCACCUUUUCCAAUACAUCCUUCCUUCACUGCCCUGCAAAACCACCUCCUGCCCGUGUGCCAUCUCCAUCAGUGGCACCUUCUCUUUGUUAAGAAGAAGUCAAAGGAGAAGAUAGUGAUGCUGCUCUGAGGAAAACAGACAAACAAAAACCAGCUGGGUGCUGAUAGGAGAUGUUCUGCCCUGCUUUUUAACUGUUAGUACUUUUGUAGCACUAUCUCAAAGCACUUUACAAAUGUUAAUUGUGGUGAUUUGAUGUGAGAGAAGCCACCAACAGCAAAUUCGACCUGGAAAGAAGCCAGUAUUGGAGGGCAGAAAUGGCUUGACCCCAAGGUCCUUGGCUGUCCUGAUUGUUCUGGGAUGUUCUUCUGGUUUUUCAAAGGCAUUCUUCAAGAGAACGACAAUCCUGAGGGAAGUGUCCAGAUUGUUUCCUACCCAUGCAUUUCCAAGGAGCUUUCUCUGAUUUGCUUAAUUUAGGUUUGUGGUUUUUGGUUGUUUUUCUUCAUGUUGACCUAGGACUUGCCCAACACUGCCUGGAUUUAAGGAGUGAAAGAUUUACCUUUCUAACAGAACCUCCUCAUUCCUAAUGAAAUCAGCGCAACUGCAACUAAACGAAAUCAUUGCUGCUUUUCAACACGGAUAACUCUGGCUAGUAACAAUAAAACCUCUCUCCACAGCAGAUAAGAGCAACUUUGAGCUUAAAAUGGUAUAAAAACAUUCAUCACAAACCCAAAUCCUGCGGUUCUGAGAAGCUUGUUCUCUAACAGCUUUGGUACUGCUCUCAUUUUGGAUCAGUUUUCAUGGAGGAGUUGCUUUUUUUUUCUGGCACUAACAAUGAUCAGAUGCAAUGUUUGGCUCCACGUGCAGUAGCUGAACAGAAAGAAAUGUUUAAUUUGAAAUAAAAUCAUCAAACUUGCCUUGUGCCUGCUGCAUCUUUCACGUGGAAGGAACCACUGCUGUUCAGGACACCAAAGGAGGUGGAGGGUUUUGCCUUCUGCAUCUUCAGUCGAGCAGACUGCUGACCUGAGGGAGGGGUGAUGGAGGAGCAUGGUCAGGAGAUGUUAAUGAGUAUGAGCUAAUUAUGUAUGAAUUUAAUAAACUACAAAAGUGUGUUUUCAGACACAA